GGGACAAUCUGGACCAAGACUGUUGUCGCCUUGGCACCGAAAUCCAAAUUAUCCAAGCCAUUAAAUGCAUCUUAAAUCUGUGUCUGUGUGAAAUUUAAAUCCUAAUUUGGCUCCGUUAAAUCAAAAGAAGCAUUGCAAUUGUGGGAAUUAUAAAUUUGUUCAUCAAUGACGGAGGAUAAUUGCCCUAGAGAACCCAUAGACUCCAACUCUUCAUCAACCAAGCAAAGGAAAAGGAGAAAAUGGGAUCAGCCAGCAGAUACAUUUGUUCCAGAAGGAGUAGCGGUACCUGGAAUUUUUCCAUUGGCAAACAUGGGUUCUCUUGUUGGUAUCCCACUACCUGGUGUAGCUCCAGUCUCAGGUGCUGCUUUCACGAAUCCUCUUCCUGCUGUUGGUGCUACUAUGAUGCAGCAGCUUCCCGUCAUUGUUGCCCAGAAAUUAAUUCAGCCGAAAAUUCAGGAUGAGUUGAUAGCGAGAGAAAUUGUCAUUAAUGAUGCUGAUCCGGCUGUUCGCUACAGGCUCACAAAGCGCCAAACACAAGAAGAGAUUCAGAAGAGCACGGGUGCUGUGGUUAUAACUAGGGGUAAAUACAAGCCUCCAAGCACACCAUCUGAUGGUGAAAAGCCCCUCUACCUUCAUAUUUCUGCUGGGGCACAUCUAGAAACAACAGUUGAGAGGAUCAAAGCAGUUGAUCGUGCUGCUGCUGCAGUGGAGGAAAUGCUGAAGCAAGGUACUGUUAACAAUGGAUUAAAGGUCAAUCAUCUGCUGAGUACCUGUGUGUACCUGGGCUUUGAGGCUGAUCCGUCAGCAAAUAUUACAGUGCGCAUUCGUGGACCAAAUGAUCAGUAUAUAAAUCACAUUAUGAAUGAAACUGGAGCAACUGUAUUGCUAAGAGGACGUGGUUCGGGAUAUCCAGAUGGAGGGCAGCGUGAAGAUGUGCACCAACCUCUGCAUUUACUCAUUUCAAGCAAUAACAGUGCAAGUCUUGAGCGUGCGAAGCUUUUGGCAGAAAAUCUUUUGGAUACUAUUUGUGCAGAGUGUGGUGCUUCCAGGUAUGCUUGUUUCUCUGAGUAUAUGAAUUAUGAUUGCAACCUGUUCACUUUUCGUUCAGAAGAGGUUUAUGUGAGCUGCUAUUUUGUUUCUUUUGUUGGGCCGAGUCCUGAAUCUUCAUUUUUGCGACCGUUAUUCCAUAGAGUCUCUUCUUGUAAGGUUUAUGGUGCUGUUCCGCCGCCACUGCAACCAUUAGCUAGCGUUCAGGGUUCUGGAAGUGAAUCAAAAGUCAAUAACAUACCUGCAGCCAAUUUAGCUGCAGCAACAGCAGUUCCCGUGACUGCAGUUGGUGGUGUGACUAGUGUUGUUUCUCAGGGUACAGUGCCUCAAUCUCUAGGCUCAUUGCAUUCUGUGCCAUCUCAACCUCCCACCGGGGUCUAUCCUCAUCAAUUAGUUACAAGUAGAACAAGCUAUAUUGGUUAUGAUGGUAUAUAUCCCCAAGCCACUGCUCUGCAGCAAGUUGCUUUGGCUCUUAGGCAGUCGACUUAUCCAGUCACUGCCACAGUAGCUCCGACAACAACAGGAGCAAGCUUCACUUCACAGACAAGUAUAGGCUAUGAGAAGGACAAGCGCCCUGCACAGAAGCGUAAAUUUCAGGAAUUGCCGGCUGCUGGAAAAGCUCAAGCAACUGUAAAUCAGAAUUCAUUGCAGGGUCCGGAGCUUCCAAUGCUUCAGGAACGAAUGUCAGAUGCAGGUGAUAGAGAUAAAAUUGGUAUUCCGGCUCCGAAAAAGUUGGUUCAGCCAUUAUCCAGUUCAAUGCUGCCGCCGCCACCUCCUAGAAUGAUGCCUCCACCACCACCGCCACCAAAGUUUCGAUCAUCAUCGCAGAAAGUGCAGGAGAACAAUAUGGUUAAUAAAGCACCAUGUAAAAUUGUUCCAGAUACUUUAGUCCAGCUAAUGGAAUAUGGGGAUGAUGACGAUGAUGAUAAUGAUGAAGCAACUGACGGACCUUUGAAAAGCAGCUCAAGUGUGCUAGCAGCUCCGAAACCAUUCUGGGCCAUUUGAUAAUGACCACUGCACAUCUCUGCAAAUUUUGGUAAAAGUUGAAUGUGCACAGUUGAAUGAUAGUUUAUAGUUGACCAGGAAUUGGCUGGUGGAUAUUCGUUCUACUGUGAUAUAUUUAAAAUGUACCCCUCCUUUCCCAUCUCCCCCCCUCAAAAAAGGGGAGGGAGGGGUGGUGGAACCAAAAGGGGAAGAGGAAAGGAGAGAAGGUUCUGUAGCAUUAUGCCAAGAAGGUAAUACUCGAAUGCAAUUGAUGUCCCAUCUCAGAGGACUAGGUAUUCAUAGAGACAGCUCAACCUUGUAAUUCCAUUAUCCUUUCCUCCUGGAAGUUGAAACCAGAAAUUUAUUUGCUACUGGUGCUUGUAGUUUCAUCUGAAAUUGUGAAGGAAUUUGUCUUUACUUUACUAAAACAAAGAAAUGGCAGUAGUUCCACUUUCUUUUUUUUAA